CAUUCCAUCAAGUUUCAUGUCUCCAACCCUUACAAUCUUUGUUAUGGUGAUGAGCUUGUUAUGUGCACUAAAUAAUGGCAACCCAAACAUAGAAGUAGGAAUCGGAGUGAUUCUAGAUAUGGAUACCAGCCCUGGUAAGAUGAGCAAAACUUGCAUAUCAAUGGCCAUAAGCGAUUUCUAUAAAAAACACGACAACUACACCACGGUCAUCCGCCCAUACUAUCGCGAUUCGAAACACAACAACGUUCAAGCAGCAUCUGCAGCACUCGACCUCAUGAAAAACGUUCAAGUCACGGCAGUUAUUGGACCCAUGACAUCCUCACAAGCAGACUUUGUUAUAGAUCUUGGUAACAAAGAAAAGGUUCCAGUCAUUUCACCAGCAGCAAGCCCAUCACUCUCACCAAACAACAACGUUUACUUCAUCCGGUCUGCACACAAUUCGACAUUACAGCUAAAACCGAUUACAGAACUGAUCAAACACUUUAGUUGGAGUGAGGUUGUGUUUAUGUAUGAAGAUGGUGAGUAUGGGAGAGGUCUUGUUCCUUAUUUAUCUGAUGCCAUGAUGAACAUUGGUACCAAAGUCACAUACCAAACCGUUAUAUAUCCUUCGGCUUCAGAUGAUUGGAUACUCGCGGAGCUUUACAAGCUCAAGACGAUGCAGACUCGGGUGUUCGUGGUGCACGCGUUACCUGAUUUGGCUUCGCGGUUAUUCAAGAAAGUGAAUGAAGUUGGAAUGAUGGAUGAAGGGUAUGUUUGGUUUAUAACUGAAGGGCUCACUAGUCAAUUGCAUAAUUUGGAUCAUAAAGAGGACUUGAUGCAAGGUGUGAUAGGUGUUAAGUCGUUUAUCCGGAAUUCAGGUAAGUUAUUUGAUUUUAAGAAAAGAUGGAAACGGGAAUUCCGGAGUCUGUAUCCGGAUGAUGACGAGACACAACUUGACACGUCUGGAAUAAGGUUGUAUGAUACCGUUUUCGGUCUAGCGAUGGCACUAGAGAAGACCCAGAAAGAAAAAGGUGACUCAGCGAUGGAUUCUGAAGGUACUAGAGCCUUAAAAGGGGGAUCCAUGCUUCUUCAAUCAAUCCGAAACUUUAGAUUUGACGGGCUUAGCGGCGACUUCAACAUAUGUCACGGGCAAUUACAAUCGUCGGCUUAUGAAAUAGUGAACAUAAUCGGUACUGGGGAGAAAACAAUCGGGUUUUGGAGUCCUAAAAAUGGUAUCUUAAAGAUGUUGGACAAUGAAACAAAGGGUAUUAAGCCAGUUAUGUGGCCAGGUGACAGUCCUGUUAUCCCCAAAGGCUGGGAGAUCCCGGUCAGCAACAAGAAUAUGUUAAGAGUUGGGGUUCGAAUCGGGGGUUUUGAUCAGUUUAUCGAUGCAGACAUCGACCCAGAAACCCAUCAGGUUACCAUGACCGGCUUCUGUGUCGAUGUUUUUAAGGCGGUCGUUGAUGCGUUGCCAUAUGCUCUUAAAUUUGAAUUUGUACGUUUUGUUAGUUCUGAUGACAAGAGACCUGCAGGAACCUUUGAUGAUCUGGUUUUCAAUCUCUCUAUUGGGGGAUACGAUGCGGUUGUUGGAGACAUUACGAUACUUGCAUACCGUUCAGAUAGAGUGGCUUUCACAUUGCCAUACACGGAGGCCGGUGUUUCAUUGGUUGUUCCAAUCAAAGAUGAGAGAAAGAGUGCAUGGAUCUUCUUAAAACCCUUAGAGAAAGAGCUUUGGAUAACAACCGGUGCAUUUUUCAUAUACACCGGACUCGUGGUAUGGGUUAUUGAGCAUCGCGUAAAUAAAGAGUUCCGAGGCGCUCCUCAUAAACAAGUGGGAAUGCUCUUGUAUAAUUCCUUCUCCACACUUGUUUAUUCACACAGGGCGAGGUUGAUCAGCAACUUAUCAAGAUUUGUGAUGAUCGUGUGGGUGUUUGUGGUGUUGGUGCUGACCUCGAGCUACACCGCGAGCUUGACAUCAAUGUUAACGGUACAAAAGCUUCGGCCUAUGUACACUGACAUCAAUGAGAUCAAGAGAAAUGGAGAAUCAAUAGGAUACCAAGAUGGUUCUUUUGUCAGGGAUAUGUUAAUACGUAUGGGUUUUAAUGACACUCAGUUGAAAGGCUACAACACGUUUGAGUAG